AUAAAUAAGUGUAAAUAGAUUUCCAUUUAAAAAAGUUUAUUUCUUAAAUAUUUGCUCGGAUCUCGGAUUCAGUUUUUAUAUAAAAUCGUUAACAAUUUAAAACCUUCUCUUCUUACAGUCGAUUUUAAACCUCCGUCAACAUUUCUAGUGUUAGCUAACGCCGUUAAUAUACGUCGACGCAGGUUUAUCUUCUUGCUUGUUCAUUUCAUAAAGAAAUUAGCAUAAAAUUAAAUUGGAUAUACUUUCCACUAGAUUUGUAUACUCGGUUUUAAAACGGGAAAAAUUUUGCGAAUUUGUUUUUAAACGAGAAAUUUACUCGGAUUCGGUACAGAUGUAACUUGGAGAAGGAAUUUGUUUUUAAUUUUUAAGAAUUUUUUAUCCAUCUCUGCAUAAUUGCUCACACAACUUUUGAGCUUGUUCUGUUUUGUUUGAAAUUCCGUUUUCUGAUAUCUAGGAUUCCGUUUUUAUUUAAAAUCGUUGAAAAUUUAAAAACUAAACGUAGUUGAAAACUUGGCCGGCUUAGCCAAUUUUAAGCCACCUCCGACAUAUUUAGUGUCAGUCGCCGCCGAUGUUAAUAUUUGUCGGCGCAGGUCUAUGAACGCGUUACGCGCUAAUUUAGUUUCAUUUUGUAUUCGAAUUUUGUAUAAGUUUGUGUUUAAUUUUUUGAUUAUUAAAAAUGGGAGCGAAACAAACAAAAAUCGAGGGCAGUUACCUAUCCAGUACACCUGUUGCGCCAGGUGCCAGCUCACGUAUCAUUAAUAUAAAUGUUGAGGGAGAAAAUAAUAGCUUGGAUCCAAGAUCACCAGCAGAGUGUCGUACACCAAUCUAUCUGCAAAAUAAACGUAUUGAUACUAAUGUGCAACUGGCUCCAGCGGAGAUGCCGGAACAUGAUUCUAAUACAGAUAAUGCUUUGGAUAUACUGCGAAAACGUUUCUUUAAGGGUUUCACCUACAAUCUUAAUGAUCCUAGAUCACCAAGUCUAAAUCUUAAUCGUACACCUUUGGUGUUCGAAGAUACUUUAGAAAAAUCCCUUACACUGGAUGAUACAUUCGCUGAUCUUAUGGUAGAACCUCGUUUACCUGAAAGUGCAAUUAUGGAAAAACAGUCAGAGGAUAAAACUCAAGAUAAUUCUGUAGAAGAUGUGGAUAUUGAAAUGUCAGAAGAAAAGGUAUUUGUAGAUUUAGAAGCUCCAAUAACAACAAGUCCUCAGACUCCUAUAAUUCCGCAACAAGAAUUCGAUCCACGUUCUCCCUCAAUAGGUGUAGAAAGAACACCAAUUAUUUUCACAGAUGAUGAUGAAGCGGAUGAAACAAGUGAAGAUGUUAUGCUUGAAAAUAUAUUAGCUACCUUAACGCUUAAUUUAAAUACCAGUGGCAAUAGUAGUGUUGUGUCCCUGGCAUCACAAACCAACAAUGUUGAUUUCAAUGAUACCAAUGAUUUGCACUCGGUAAACAAGCCCAUGAAUAAACACUUGGAUCGUGUAAGAGCUGGCAAGAAAAGUUCACCAAAAGCCACACAUCGUAAGCCAAAGCGACGUCUAUCGCGUCAACAAAUUUAUGAAGAUCGGGAAAAUCAAAUACCCACAACACCUAAGUUGAAAGUUUCACAAAUCGAUAAAAAUGAUUCGUUAAAAGGUAAACGUACGCCUCUGAGUUGUGUACGCAAUCGUAAUGGUACCCAUCAGGCACGUUCUCGUUCUGUAGAAUCGUCAGCUAAAACCUUUAAAACACGUUUAGCUCUUACCAGUUUCGAUGAUACUUUAAAUCCUACCGAUAAUCAUAAGGUGCCUAAUUUGCGUAUUAUGCAGCAAGGUUCCCAAGAUUCUUUAGAACUUUAAUUGCUAUUUUAUUAUAUUUUAAACGUUUUUUUUUUUUUUUAUAUACGAUAUUUUAGUUAAAGAAACAUAUUUCUUGUAAGUUUAUAUCUAUUAUUUCAUUUUUCAUAUUUUAUGUAUGUUUUUCUUACUUUUGGCAAGAUUUCCUACACCCACAGUUGUUGUAAAGUCUUGUUUUUCAUUAUACCUUACAUUUUUUUUGAAAGGUUUAAACAAUAUAAUAUUGUUUUGUGUUUUCUUUACUUUAGAAAAAUGCUGUAAUAGAAAUAAAUUAAUCUGCUCAUUUAUUUUAUUUUUUUCUUUAGUUUUUUAAUUUACACUUAUAUUUUUUUUAAAUUAUUUUAUUCAAUUAUUUUGCAAGAAGGUUGCAAAAUAAUCAUAAAAAAUUUUUUUAAAUAUUAAAAUUUUGCAUUUCACCAAUAAAGCUGUUUGUGUUCAAACGUUGGUUCUUUCAAUUGAAAGCUUUCUUUUAAAA